AGUACCCUUCUCAUCUGCGCUUUUCUUGCCCUUCCCAUCCAUUUCGGUCUUUUCUGGUCGGCGGACGUCUGCGAUGGAAGACGAUCGAUUGAACUCACCCAGCACUUCAGCGGUGAUGCUUGAGGUUUUAGGCCACCGACUGCAAUUAUCUCAGGAUCCCAAUUCCAAACAUCUAGGGACCACAGUUUGGGAUGCUUCGAUGGUGUUUGUCAAAUUUCUGGAAAAGAAUUGUCGUAAAGGAAGGUUUUGCCCAUCUAAAUUGAAAGGAAAACGUGCCAUCGAACUUGGAGCUGGUUGUGGUUUAGCUGGACUUGGAAUGGCACUGUUAGGAUGCAAUGUAAUUUCAACUGACCAAACUGAGGUGUUACCACUGCUGAUGAGGAAUGUGGAGCGUAAUACUUCUCGGAUGAUGCAAGCAAAUCCAGAUUCAGGUUUAGCAGCAUCAUUUGGAUCCAUUGAAGUUGCUGAGUUGGAUUGGGGAAAUGAAGAUCAUAUCAAGGCUGUUGAUCCACCAUUUGAUUACAUUAUUGGGACUGACAUUGUAUAUGCAGAGCAUCUACUGGAGCCAUUACUUCAGACAAUUUUGGCAUUAUCAGGACCUAGGACUGUGAUAUUGUUAGGUUAUGAGAUCCGCUCCACGGUGGUCCAUGAAAGGAUGAUGGAUGUGUGGAAGCAAAAUUUUGUAGUUAAAACCAUCCCAAAGGCAAAGAUGGAUAGCAAGUACCGACACCCUAGUAUUCAGCUUUUCAUGAUGGAGGUAAAAGAUCAAUCUAGAUACAAGAAUCCUGGACCUACUGCAAAUCAAAUUCCCGAGUCUAGUCGUGGUAGUGACGAGGAUGGUCAAAGUUGUGAAGCAGAAGAAGAUGCCAGGGAUGCAACAGCUGGUGAGAACAUCAUGGAUUUAGAACCUGGGAAGAUUGAUGACUGGGAAAUCAGAAGAUUGGGAUCUAUGGCUGCACGGCUUCUGCGAGAUGUCAAGAUAACAUAGAUUGCCGUUUUCCUUGGUCGGCUCUUGAUUUGAUCCUCAGAAUGUGAAGGUAAAACCUGCAACACAAUGGAAUCAUGCCUUAAUUUCACUGAACACAGCCAGACUUGAAAUUUCUGGUUAAAUUCCUCGCCAACCCCCAGUCUGAAGUAAGACGUGAGUCUGUGAUAGAAAUCCUCUCAUCAGCCUUUCAGUUUUCCAUGAGGGUGUGUCUGCCAAAAACACGGGACUAACUGGUUGCAAGUUGACCUGCAGUUUAGCUCAGUAGCUGAAGAAGGCAAAUCAGUAGCAUGAAUUGGAUGGUCCUUCAUGGUGAGAGUGGAGGCUGCUAGAUUCAGUUCAACUGUUAUUUAGGUUUUGCCUAUUGUUUGCACGAGGAAUUUUGGCAUGAAUGAGAGACUAUCAUGUUAUGUUGGGUUGAGAUUUUACAAGUUAAAACUCCUUGUUUGAAUCAAGUGUUGCAGAGUACAAGUAUUAUGAGUAUUUGCAAUGACAUUGGGUAACGGAAUGGGUAAUCAUCAACAGCAGUAAUGCCAUGAUGAUUAGUUGCUUUGGCCCAUUUGGAUUUUUUAUUAUUUUUCUGUAUCUGUUUUGAGGUAUAAUAAGAAAAUUAUUUU